AUGAGUAUUUCGAUGCCAUCACUUAUUCUCGAAGAGAUACUGGAAAAUCUUUCUGAUGACUAUAACACUCUAUUCUCUUGCUGUUUGGUGAGACGAGAUUGGAGUGAGAAAUCAGUGGCAAUUCUCUGGAGAAAUCCCAAAUUUGGUGCCCCGUUGACGGAUGAUGCUCUCUCCAGCCUAAUAAAUACACUACUCACAUGUCUUGACAAGCGUACAAAGGAGCGUAUAGCUCCACUGCUCGCAUGUCUCGACGAUGACACAAAAGAUUGUAUACAUCAUCAAACAGAAAUCAUUCAACAGGAGCCAACAUACCCAUAUGACACACUAAUAAAGUGCAUAGAUUUCACCACUUUAUCAUACGCUUUAAGCGAUUGGGGUUAUUAUUGGGGAUUAAAAGACACGAGUUAUCUUUAUAUCACGCUAGUUCGACAUCUGGUGCAGUCUGUGUCUCGUCUUUGGCAUCUUGGAAUUUCACAUUCUCCAUCAUUGAUCGAAAUAUUUUCAUUGCCUGAUGCAAAAAAAGCAUUCUCGGAAAUUCAAACAUUCAAGUAUGAUGGACAAAGAAAUGGUAAAAUAAUUUCGUCGAUCACGAAUCUCACAAAAAAUAUUAGCAAAAUUACAAUACAAGUGCGACAAGGAAAGGAAAUGAAACACGGAUCAAAGUACAAUAACAAAUACGAUAAAGAUUGGGAUAUUUCUGUGGAAAAUCUACUAAGAAACCAAAAGAAUCUUCGUCAAGUCAAGUUUGAUUUAUCAGAUCAUAGUCAAUUCUCUGAAAAAGGAAUCGAGACACUGUUGGAUACAAUCUUGAGUAAAGCGAAAACGCUGAUCAAAUUGAAAUUUCGUGGAGUCGAUUUUCACCAUAAGAAUCCAAUGUCUUUAUUGACAAAGUGCAAACAAUUAAAGACAUUAUCAUUUGAUGCAUGUCGAAAUUUCGGAGAUGAUCCUGUUCCAAAAUUACGAUCGUUAAAGUUGGUAAAACUAGAGAUCAAACGCUCUUUAUUACCCGUGGAACAUUUACAAAAAAUCCUGGAUAAUUCUGUUCGUACUAUACGCCAAAUCACAUUUGACAACUCAAAAUAUCUUAGCACGAUGAAUUUAAGUGAAUAUUUCCGGAAAAAAACAAAAAAAGUCUCUGAUCUUUCUCUACUAAUCGCUCCAUAUCAAGUCUGCCAAUUGUCUGCUGCUUUGAAAUGUUUUCCCAAAUUGGUUUCGUUAUCCAUUGAUACAUAUCGGUAUCAAACUGGACCGCAUUAUGAUAGUAACUUUCUGUGUGAUCUCGGUGGAAUGUUACCGGCUACAUUGGAAUCACUAAGUUUGAUAAUGAGACUUGAAUUCACCUCGGAUGUCCUCUCCGAAUUUUUUGACAAAAGCAAAGCAAAACUAAAAACCUUGGAAUUUCAAGUUGUGGAGCGAUUUACGGAUCGUCAUUUGGAAAUAAUCGUCAAAAAGGCUGCUGGAUCUUUACGCGCUCUAUUACUGUCAGAGUCCUAUAACCUGACACCGGAAUCAUUGCUGAAGGCGCAAAAAAAAAUACCUUAUAUUGUUACCGGAGAAACUGUGUUAGGAAUUGAAUAUCUUAAACAACAUCCAGAAAUAUAUAAAUUACUUCCGAAAAGUUCUUGGAUGCUUGAAGAUGAUUUACCACCACCCCCUGACCCAAGGUAA